AUGGCUAGACCUAGGGUAAAGUUCCAAUUAUGGACGUUGUUUAUAAGAAGGCUAGCAUCUAGAGAUAGACUGCAGAGAUUUGGUUUAAACAUUGAGUUAUCCUGUGUUUUCUGUACUGAGCUGGAAUCUAUUGAUCAUUUGUUCUUCAACUGCAGAUCCACACAGGAAGUUUGGAAUAAAAUUCUUAUGUGGAUUGGCUAUACUCAUGUGGGACAAGAAUGGAACAUAGAGAAAAAUUGGAUUGUGCAGGAAUUGAGAAAGAGAGGCUGGAAGCGACAACUCCUCAAAAUUGCACUUGCGGAGACAACAUAUUCCUUAUGGAAAGCUAGAAAUGAGAUCAUCUUCAACAACAUCCCAAUGGCUCAAGAUAUUGCAACCCGGAUCAAGUACAUUUUUGUAAUCUGUAGCAGAUUACAUAGGGCCAUAAAGGAGCACAUUUGCCUUGAAAUACUUAGCAUACAUUAG